AUGUCAAAUGAAAGCAAUUUAGAGCCAACGUUUUCGACGACAACCAUCAGUUCUGUUGCUGUUCAGGCUGGGGAUUCCAGUAUAGUUAUAGCUGUACUUAAGUGUGGAAAAUGGGUGAAUCUUCAACUGGCUGAAUCAACACCAAAUUUAUUAGAAAUUGGCAGCAAUCAAGAUGAGACUCAAAAACUAUUGCAAGAUCAUGAACUCCUCCUGGCUAAACUUAAGACUUUGGAAGACCAAGUGUGGAACCUGCUGCAUGAAGCAGACAAGGCUGCAGAGGAGAACAAAGACCAGAGCCUGGUGUAUGAUGCUAUGGCCAAGACUCUUGGGGAUGCAUGGGAUGCCCUCAUCAUUAUGCUGGAGAAGCGGAGGGCACUUCUGGAACUUACAGCAGUGUUCUUUGAAAAUGCUCUGGAGUUUGCUGUUAAAAUUGACCAAGUUGAAGAUUUCCUGAGAAAUACCCAAGAGUUUGAAAAUACUGAAUCUUUGAGAGAACUUCUUUUGCAACAAGAGCAUCAUACAAAAGAGCUCCUGGAAAGGUCACUGGCCCUCUUAAACAAAAGUCAAGAACUAACUGAAUUCAUAGAAGGAUUCAAAUCUGAGGGGCCAAAUGCAAAUCCUGAACUGAUUCAGGGAGCCCACAGCAGCUGCUUGAAAAUUGACAACCUCCUUGAACUGUUACAAGACAGGAGACGGCAACUGGACAGAGUUCUUAAACAUCAGCGCCAGGGACUGGAGCAGGUUCUACAUGUUUGUGUGUGGCACCAACAAAAGAACCAGGUAACAUCUUGGUACGAGAAGAACAUCAGAGAUUAUUUUCACAGGCAAAACCUAGGCAUUUCUUUAUUGGAAAAUGAAGAGUUAAUUCAAGAGCACAAUGAAAUGGAAGUCAAAAUGAAAGAAUGGAAUUCUACUGUGGAACUACUGAAGGCUGAAGGAUUUAAGAUCUUGCUUUGGGAGGACUCUGCAGAUAAAGAACAUCUGAAGCUUUCAAAUCAGAAAAUCUGUCUGCUGCAGGAAGAGGUGUGCUGCCGUAUGGAAGAAAGGAAGGCCCUGCUCCAAGAGGCCAAUGUUUUUUUUAAUGCUGCUAAUAAGGCCCUUGGUGCUCUUGAAGAUAUUGAGAUUCACCUUAAAAUCGUUAAUGCAGAAGGCUUAAGUUUGCCUAUUUUGGCAAUGAAGCAUGAAGAGUUACAGGAAGAAAUUAAAGUGUGUGCAGCCAAAGCCUUGCAAAAGGGACAAGCCUUAGUUAAUAAAGCAGAUUCUCACAGCUCUUGGAUAAUGGGAAUUCAGAAGAUGAUAGAGUGUAUUCAGAAAAAAGUAGAUCAACUAAUUGGGCAGUGUCCAAAUUACAAAGAACUUACUUUGAAGAAACAACAAUUGACUGCAUCACUUGAAGAUCAUCUAAAUAAGGUAUCACAAUCAAUUAAAAUAAUCACCCCAGUGAUUUUAACUGGUAUGGAGAUUGGUUCUUAUUUGUCCGAGUCUGAAAGAGUAUUGAAUAGACAUCUUGAACUGGCUAAUCAAACGAAGGAAACUUCACGUGAACUGGAAGCAGCUGAAAGAGUCAUAAAAGAUUUGGAAGAAUUUGAACCUGUGCAAGUGGCAGCUCUUUCUAGCAAAGCUGACUUUUUGAAUGAAGAACUGAAAAAAAUUAAAAGAAAUAUUAAUUCAAAGCUAGAAGUUCUUGAAACUUAUGUGCUGUUUUUAAAGUCAGCUACGGAGGUGAAUGACCAUAUUCGAAAUCUGAAGGAGCUGUAUAAAUCAGAAGCUCUGCAAGCAAACACUGAGACUGAAAAUAAAACUGCAAUUGAGUCAGCUAAUAAUCAGUGGCAAAAGGCUAUAAAGAAAAUAUUUUCCACUCAAGAUAUGGGUCACAGUUUUCUUAAUUUAGUAAAUAUGGUAAAUAAGAGCUUAAUAGUAGAAGUAGAAAAAUCUGUACGAGUAACAGAAGACAUCAUUAUUGAUCUCAGUAAAGAAAAGAAAGAGCUGACUGAUCUUUGGGCAAUCUGGAAUUACAAAGUUAAUCAAGUAAAACCCAUCAAGCAACAGUGCUGGAUAUUUAAAGAACAACUCAAAAAGACUACCUUGGGGUUAGAGAUUCUUCAAGAUGCAUUCAGACUUGCAGCGAUAGUGGACCUUGGAAGUGACCUUCAUAUUAUUUUGGAGCUACAAAAAACACUUAACCAAAAGAAACCACAGUUUCAGCAACUGAAUGCUGAGCUUGAGUACAUGGUAAAAUUAUUAGAACUGCUGAGCCAAGAAGGGUUUUCUGGCAAAGAGAAUUCUAAGAGAAUAAGUGAGCUGAUUCAUCUCCAUCAAAUGAUAAAGGACACAAUGAGGGAAUAUGAUAAUGUCUUCAACAAGACAGUCCAAUUCCAUCAUGUUAAAAAAGAACUGGAAUGCUUGUCAAAAUCAGGAGAACUGGAUAUUCCUGAAAUAAAUGAGAGCCCUGAAGAUGUGCACUGUGCGAAAGCCCACCUUGUGAAUGCUCAGGAGAAACAUGCAUGGAUCAGACAUCUGUAUAGACUGGCUCUUACACAGGGAGCAUGUAUUGUGUCUGCAGUGCAGCAACCUAAUCACUUAAAUCUUUCUGUAAAUAAUCUGAAGCGGGAACUUGCUAGACUUGAGUUUGACAGCAUUAGCUGGAGCUCCAAAGCAGAAAAAUAUGAGGAAGAACUAUCACGCAAUUUCCAACACUGUGCUGCUCACGAGGAGAUAAAUGAGCUCAGAGAAUCAUUUAAGGAUCUUAAAAAGAAAUUCAACAAUCUGAAGUUUAACUAUACUAAAAAAACUGAAAGAGCUCGAAACUUGAAAGUACUUAAAAUACAGAUUCAGCAAGUUGAUACGUGUGCUGAGAAAAUACAGAUUCUUAAGAAGAAGAUGGUUAAUUUAGAGAACAAAGUCAUUGAUUCUGUGGCAAACCCGGCUGAUGCUAAAGGCAAAGUCCUCCUCGGGUCAGUCAGUGAGUUACAAAAACAGCUGAGUGACUUCGGCAAAGUUGUGGAGGAUUACAAGCAAAAUCUGGAUCUUGUGGAGCAUCUGCAACAGAUGAUGGAAGAGUGUCAAUUUUGGUUUGAAGAUGCGAGUGCAACAGUUUUUAGAGUUCACAAGUAUUCUUCAGAGUGUAAAACAAGAGAAGCAAUAGAGUCUCUCUACAAGCAAUUCAGUAAGUUUAUUGAGCCCACAGUGCCUCAACAAGAAGAAAAAAUUCAGGAGAUUACGGAGCUUGCUAAGCGAUUAUAUGGUAUUGAAGAAGGAAAGAAAUAUGCUCAAAAAACCAUAUCAAAGUACAAAGAGGUUCUUAAUUCUAUUGAUGAGUUAUGUAGAUCUCUGAGACAACUUAAGGAGAUUCAGAAAGGUGCGUUUGCUGAAGAGUUGGCUGCAGUACAAAAAGCAGAAACAGGAAAUGGUCAAGAUGUAUGUACGGAUGCUAUUAAAGACAAAGCAGGGGAACAAAGGCAAAAGGUUACGUCAGAUAUUUUACGCGUGAAUUCAGAAAGCAUUGCAGAGAAGAAAAGCUGCACUCUUUCUCCUUCUGCCAACACUAAACAG